GCCCCUCCCGCCGGGCACCGCCGGGCAGAGGCGCCGCAGCCUGGGCCGGCCGAACCUCAAGCUCUGACUCGACCCCAGCCUAUCGGCCGGUAGGCGUUGCGGGCUGGCGCGGCUCCGCUGGGGAUUGCUGUGCUAUGCCUUGUAUGACUAAGACCUCUUACCAAGAAUACCUGUCAGACCAUAAAACCACUACCAAGGAGUGCAGAGGUGGCAAUGAAACAGCCCAACAAGAAAAGGAAGCUUAGUAUGGAUUCCAAAGAGCGUUUGGAUCAGGACGGACGCUUGGAGCAAGCUGAAGAAGAAAAGAAGCCCAAGGAUGGCACAACCCCUUUGAGUCAUGUCCCUUCAGCGGCUGCGCAGGGAGCAUGGUCUUGGGAGUGGUACUUGAAAGAACAGAAGGCUGUCGCAGCACCUGUUGAGCUGUUUUCCAAGGAUCAGUCCUUUCCAGAGCAUGAAAAUGGUUUUCAAAUUGGAAUGAGAUUAGAAGGCAUCGAUCCCCGACAUCCAUCGGUAUUCUGUGUGCUUUCUGUAGCGGAGGUGUGUGGUUACCGUCUUAGACUUCAUUUUGAUGGUUAUUUAAGUUGCUAUGAUUUUUGGACCAAUGCUGGCUCCCCUGACAUUCAUCCAGUAGGGUGGUGUGAAAAGACCAAACAUGAAUUGCACAUCCCUAAGGGUUAUAGAAAAGAUAAAUUUGUUUGGAUGGAUUACUUGAAGGCCUGCAAAUUGCAAAAUGCUCCAAAGAAAUUGUUCAGAAACAGAAGUCCUAAUGGGCCAAUGCCUAAAGAAUUUCAGGUUGGAAUGAAGCUGGAGGCUGUCGACAGGAAGAACCCUUCCUUGGUGUGUGUGGCAACCAUAGCAGAUAUUGUUGAAGAUCGCUUACUAGUGCAUUUUGACAAUUGGGAUGAUAGUUAUGAUUACUGGUGUGAUGUUAAUAGCCCUUAUGUCCAGCCAGUUGGUUGGUGUCAGGAGAAUGGAAGAACUCUGAUAGCACCUCAAGGUUAUCCCGAUCCAGAAAAUUUUUCCUGGACAGAAUACCUGGAAGCUACUCAAACCAAUGCAGUUCCUGCCAAAGUUUUUAAAAUGAGGUUGCCUCAUGGUUUUCUACCAAAUAUGAAACUUGAAGUUGUGGAUAAACGAAACCCCAGAUUAAUUCGUGUUGCUACGAUUGUAGACGUUGAUGACCAAAGAGUAAAGGUUCAUUUUGAUGGUUGGGACCAUAAGUAUGACUACUGGGUGGAGGCGGACAGCCCCGACAUCCACCCGAUCGGAUGGUGUGAUGUCACAGGACAUCCCCUGGAGGUGCCGCAGGGAACGAAUGAUGUGAAAAUCCCUCCAGGUCAAGCUGUCUGUCCUACUCCCGGGUGCCGAGGAAUAGGCCACAUCCGUGGUCCGCGUUAUUCGGGACAUCACAGUGCUUUUGGCUGCCCGUAUUCGGACAUGAACUUGAAAAAGGAGGCAACACUUCAUGAUCGUUUGAAAGAACAAACACAGGCAAAUUUGGAAUCAGACUCUUCACAUUCAAAAUCAAAAAACCUCUGUAGUUUGAACUUCAAUGGAAAACAUGAAAAGGUGAACAGUCAGCCAAGACUUGUACAGCAGGCAAAGUGUUUGAAAAUCAAAGGAAAAGAAGAUAUUGACUUGGAUAAUCUCUUCAGAGAAUACUCGGAGGAGCAGGUGCAGCAGGCGCUUCACCAGUCAGUGUUCAUGUCCACGGUGUCAGCCCACCCUUUCCGGGACCUUCCCCUCGGCAGGGAGCAACACUGCAAGCUGCUUCCAGGCGUGGCUGACAUCCGGGCCAGCCAAGUGGCACAAUGGACUGUGGAUGAGGUGAGUGGAGCUGCUGGGGGCCAGGGCUGGGGUGUGCCUGCUGCUGAGAAAUAGCAGAAGGUGCCCACCGACCAUUCUCUGAUGCCUGGGACAGCGCCCUUUUUCUCUUAGGCAUUGCAUCUGCUACGUAAACUUGAAAACCCAAAUUGGAGGGAGAAGGAAGGCAUGAUUUUGAGGAGAUGAGGACAGCCCACCGCUUACCAAGUUAGUUUUGUAACUCCCCUCUGCAGCCUUAUUCCAGGGCCCCCUGAGUCCCAGCACCAUCAGCAGGGGCUAAUUCAAGCAGAGGGCUGAAGCUUCCCAUUCCACAUCGCAGAUUUAAUUUGGGGAAGCACGAAUGUGCAAGCAUCUGAAGUU